AUGUUCAGCUUCCAAGCUGGUGGUGAGACAUGGAGGAAUCAAGUGACAAUCUACGGCACGCACAUCGAGGUUGUACAGACUCGUGGAGAUUCCAACACAUCGAGUCGGUAUCUGGUCAAUGCUGAAGCCGCCUUACCGAUCGAACACCGUCUUCAAGUCAAGCCCGAAGCUGCCCUGCCGACUAGCUAUCGUUUCCGAGAGCUGACCCGAGAAGUCCAGGAGCGCCCAGCGUCCCAGAUAGCCAAGGACAAGAAGGCUGUUGCAAGGGUCGAAGCUCUGGUCAGCAGAUGCAGCUUUCCACAUCAGCUCAGAGAAGAUGCCUGGCUGGUCAAACCCUCCUCCAAAGUGCAAGCCAAAGAGCCUUGGCCGAUACAGAAGAACCCUAUCGAUCAAGUCGUGCAAGCUGAGUCUCAUCGUCCGAUCGUGGUCAACCGAGAAAAGAAGGUGAUACCGAUCGUGGCACCAGCACCGCAACGGCAAGCACGGCCGUUCUCCAAGACAAGCCACAAGUCUGCAGGACCCGAUCAUUCAACACAGAUCAAAAAGCCUGGCAAGAAAGCUAUACCGAUUGUGGCGCCGACAGCAAAAUUCGAAGCACAAUCGCCCAACUCGAGCAACAAAUCUUUAGACCAAAACCUCCCUGUACAGCCCAAGCAGGCCGGUACGAAGGCUAUAGCCAUUGUACGACCGACACCAGAGUGGGAAGCUCAAGAAGCCGAACGAAAGACUAAGGCAAAAGAUCCACGCCAGACUGUGACUGUGACGUCAAGCCCUUCCAGUUCUCGAGCAAGCAAGCCAACCAGGGGGUCUGCACCAGCUCUGACGACUCAGGCCAAGUCCAGGACAAAGUCUGCACCGGCUGAGUUAGCUUCACCUUCGCACAGUGCACCUCCUCCUCCUCAGUCGUCGAUUGCGACGUCGAGCCCUCGAAGCACAGCCACGGCCAAAUCGGACGACGAAAGUACCUCCUCGCAAGAGACGAUGAGCCAGACAACGACAGCUCUUUUCCACCCCUUGCCGAAACCAGUGUACCACCCUUCGUUGUGGCCUGGACGGUAG